AUGUCGUCGCCUGCGCCCCUCCUGCGACCACCCAUCCCCGGCGCGCGGCCAGGGAGGAGAGGACCGCCACAGCUUGGUCUGUCCAUACCACCGUCCCCGAACGCACGCCCUGUUACCAAUGGCGCGAGCGACGGAAUACCCACACUGAACGCACCACAGCCCCGCCAGAUGCCGAAGCUAAGCGUAGUAACUCCCAUGGGCAGCAAUAACGCACCACACGAGGGGAGGAACCCGCGGGCCUUGCCGCCCCUCCACAUAGGGCCGGGUCUCUCAGCAUCAGGCUCGAGCGAUGCGAGCGCACACUCAAGAUCAGGCAGCUUCGGCGAAGUACAAGCGAAUGGAUCAGCAUCAUCAUACCACGCAGCGCUAGGUUUUCCUGGGCUACAGAAAGCUACAGAUCCCAUCUCGGCGAUAUCACAGGGAGGAAGUGAGGGCGCGCCUUCAAUGGAGCGGGCAAACAGCAGCCAGCCACUACCAGACUUGGACGCCAUGGCCGCAGAGAAAGGUCGACCAUUAGAGGUGGACGAUCUAGACGAUGCUGCGUGGAGAGCAGCGAGCGCACGAGGAAUGAUCGAGGAAAAAGGCAGCUUGGGCGAAGGUGCUGGUGGCGCAGUCACGAAAUGCAUACUGAAAGGCGGAAAAACAACAUUUGCCCUGAAGAUCAUUACAACGAAUCCUGACCCCGAUGUCAAGAAGCAAAUCGUACGAGAGCUUUCUUUUAACAAGAACUGUGCUAGCGACCACAUUUGUCGCUACUACGGUGCAUUCAUGGACGACAGUACAGGGACUAUUAGUAUUGCUAUGGAGUUCUGCGAAGGCGGAUCACUCGAUGCGGUAUACCGCGAGGUCAAGAAGCUAGGAGGCCGGACUGGCGAGAAAGUGCUUGGCAAGGUCGCUGAGGGCGUGCUUAAUGGACUCACGUACCUCCACUCUCAUCGCAUCAUCCACCGGGAUAUCAAGCCCAGCAACAUUUUACUAUGCCGGAACGGCCAGGUGAAGCUGUGUGAUUUUGGUGUGUCCGGAGAGUUCGGAACCAAAGGAGACGCCAACACAUUCAUUGGAACGUCAUACUACAUGGCACCCGAGCGCAUCACUGGGCAAAGCUAUACCAUCACUAGUGAUGUGUGGAGCUUAGGUGUGACUCUGCUAGAAGUUGCGCAGCAUCGCUUCCCUUUCCCGGCCGACGGAACUGAGAUGAACCCCCGCGCUGGGUUGAUUGACCUACUCACCUACAUCGUUCGGCAACCCAUUCCUAAGCUGAAAGACGAGCCUGAGAAUGGCAUCAAGUGGACAGAGAACUUCAAAUACUUCAUUGAAUGCUGUCUUGAGAAGGACUGUCCUCGAAGAGCCACGCCCUGGCGGAUGCUCGAACAUCCAUGGAUGGUCGAGAUGAAAUCCAAGAAAGUCAACAUGGCACAUUUCCUUAAACAAGUUUGGGAUUGGAAAGACUAA